UGUUGCUCGGCGGCCGGAACAAACUGUUGGCGUUAUUUACAUGACGAGGCUCAGUCACGGAAUUCCCACUGUAGCUUGAUGUAGAUACCACUUCAGUUGAAUGCGUUACUAAUAUAAACCGCGAGGGGCUGAAGAUGGUUCGCCUGCACUUGGCUGUGCUCUUGGUUGUGUUCAAGGAUGCAACCACUUAUCCUGCGCUCUACGUUGUUGAUACUGCUGUCCUUGGACAACGAACGACUUUACGCUGCAUCUGUGAUGGGGCAAUAACUCUGAAAGAGCCCAAAGGCACGACCGUCCUGCAGUGUAAAUCAUCGACCAAUGGUUGCCUAAAUAAUAAUGAAGAACAUAUCUUUUUAGAUAGGAAUAAAAGUGAAGGAGAAACGUAUGUAGCAGUCAUAGAAGAAACUCGGGCGCAAGAUGAAGGAGAAUGGAGAUGUCAGUGUGGAGACAAAGGGUCUACGGCCACGCUACGUAUACAGCGUAAGGGAUCCACGGGUCCUCAGGCUCCCUCGGAAUCGAAAAGUAUAUGCAACCGUUUAUCCUUCACUCUACGUUGAUGAUACUGCUGUCCUUGGACAACGAACGACUUUACGCUGCAUCUGUGAUGGGGCAAUAACUCUGAAAGAGCCAAAAGGCACGACCGUCCUGCAGUGUAAAUCAUCGACCAGCGGUUGCCUAAAUAUUAAUGAAGAACAUAUCUUUUUAGAUAGGAAUAAAAGUGAAGGAGAAACGUAUGUAGCAGUCAUAGAAGAAACUCGGGCGCAAGAUGAAGGGGAAUGGAGAUGUCAGUGUGGAGACAAAGAUGCUACGGCAACGCUUCGUGUACAUGGAUCCCAGCAUCCUUUUACUGAUUCAAAUUCGAGCUUUUGCAUUUAUCCAUGUUUCAGAUUACUCAUGUUCUUACUUUUAUUAGUAUAUCUGACCUGAAUUCAACUAGACGUGAAACAUACCGACUACACAUUCCACCAUCUUCCCAAGGCAAGGGAAUUUAACUGACUAUUAAUAUGCAUGGAACUCUUUGUGUGGAGUAAUUAACACGAUAUUGUUAGCUUGUAUCUUGUCAAUUGAAAGAACCCACUGGCCCAAAAUACCAACAAUGAAAUAGGAGAUAAUUUUUAGAAGAUAGAUCUGGGUUUCCCUGUGCCCCUGACAGGGACGGGGGCAGAAAAGCGCGGAUCCUAAAGUCCUUACAAAAGAAGGCACCAGCUACUCCUAGUGGAGAGUUGCUUGCAGAACCAGACCAGGAAAACUUUAAACUAGAGACAUUUAUUUUAUAACUGUGUUCAAAUUCACAUUAUUAAUUAACUGUGAGGCAUAUUUAUUCAAAUAGUAGCCAUUUUCAUGUAAAUAAACAAGGAGAUGGAUCAA